CAUCAUCUUCAACAAAUAAACAACUCUCUACAAGACAACAUAAACAUGGUUGUGGCUGAUGCGCCGAUGUGUGUUUGCUUAAUUGAACCCUAGAGGAUGAUCUUAUUUCUUAUCCAUCACUUUCUGUUGUCAAUCAUAGAUUGCAAAAGAUAGUGGAUUAAGCAAUGGAUGUUGAAGAAGCAGAUAACCAAGUUUUUUCUUUUCCUGUCUCUCUCAAUCCCAUAGUUUCUCAGCAGAAUGGAGUUUUUUCUCCAGAUGAUCUUGCUUGGGUUGAUUCCUGCCUAAAUAAGGAUUCCGAUAUUUCAGAAACUGAUUGGUCCCCUCUCAGGGAUGCUCUGUUUGAAAUUAUCAGUUCCCAAUCCCGAUCAUUCAGGGUUGAUGGUAGAGAGGACAGUGAAAAUCACCACUACAGUAAGGAGAAAAACAUUACUUCAGAACAUAUUCAUGAAUCUUCGACUUCUAAUGCAAAUUGCUUACAAAACCGUUCUUCAACUUAUAAUGUUGAGCUAGUAAGAAUGGCUAAUGAAACAAGCACUGAUGAAACUCUAGAUGAUGAACUGACUGGGCCGACUUUGUCGUCGUCUUCAACUUUCGAAGGAGAUCCUUUUCUGCCAACUUAUAAUGAAGACCUAAAGCAGAAUAUUUUUGCAACUUAUGAGAUGGAACAUGCAUCUGAGAAUAUCUUCGAAGUCUGGGAUUUGGAUUGUCCAACUGAUGAGAUGGAGGAGGCAUCUGAUAACAUCUUCAAAGUAUGGGAUUUGGACAUUCCAGUUGAGGAAGGUGAACUUGUUAAACAGUUGAAGAAAGCUCUGUCAGAGAAUUCUUUGAAGACAGCGCCGUCUGGUUUUGAUGAUUCGGAAAAAGGGAAGGACUUGAAGGAAGGGUCGCUUGAUGAUCUUAUUGCUGGCAAGGACUUGAAUGAAGGGCCACUUGAUGAUCUUAUUGCUGGCAUUGCUGAGUUGUCUUUAAAUAAAAAAGUUUAGCGUUUCGGUGAUUUUCUUUUAGAUUCUAAUCUGUUUUCGCUCUAUAUUUAGAGCAAUGUGUUUGAUGUUAUCUGUCAUUGAUGUACAGGGAUUAUUAUUACAUUACAAAGAUGCAAUAGUAAUAUUUUACCGUUAA